GACUAUGAAGAAGGAAUCAUAAAAGGAAUGCAUUAUAGCGGUGCGAAUAUCACUGAUAUCGCAAAAAAAAGUAAACAGGCACCGCAACUGAAUCAAAUUCGAGUAAAUGUAGUUCGAUCCAACGAAGUGGGCAAAAAACGACUUGCUGUGGUUAACUUAAUGAGUAGCGGACAAUUUAAAGCUCCAAAUAACCAAGAGUCGUAUAGGUACAUGGUACCUUAACCCAAGCUUUUGCAGCGGCACAAGAAGGCUCGCAUUGAAUUUGCAAAUAAUUACCGUUAAGUACAAAGAAGUUAAAUCUAGAUGGCCCUGAUAAUUGCAAAAAUUAUUUGAAAGAUAUGCGCCGAGAUCGGCGAUACUGUUUUAAACGAGCGCUUUGCGGUGGCAGUGUGAUGGUAUGGGCUGCGUUCUGCUAUAGGGGAAAGUCACUCAUGUUAUACAUCUCUACACGAAUAAAUCAAAAGUAAGUGGGUCUUCUGGAUAGUGAGUAAAUAGAGUUUAAUGACUAUAUAUAUGGAGACAACUGAACGUUUCAGCAGGACAAUGCAUCAAUACACGCAGCUCACGUCACCAAAUUCUUCUUUACAAGCCGAAAAAUACCUUUAUUGGACUGGCCCGCAUUUAGACCGGAUCUGAGUCUGAAUAAACCUCUGGGGUAUCCUCUCUGCCAAAGUGUUCAAGAACGAAAGAAUGAGUGAGACGGCCACAAAAGGCUUUGAGCUGCAAUCAGAGGCUAUCUUUGGACCUGGCGAUUGCAUUGGCGACAUCGACGUCAUGGAAGACUCUCCCAGGACGAACACUUACAUCGCCACAACUUAUUGCGAGCUACUAGCAGUUUUCAAUAAAAAUUACAAGUUCGUCCUUCAACCCUAUAUGCAAAAGUUGUGGCAAGAAAAGAAGGCUGCGCUUCGGGCCAUAGACUAUUUUAAUUUUCUUAACGAAGAGCAGAUUGUAAACGCCAGCAAGUAUGGGACCAUUCAGCAGUUCAAUCCUUUGGAGACUAUCUACACCGAGGACUUGGGUUCUAUGAGUUUUGUCUACUUUGUUCUUAGCGGGGAGUGUGUCGUGCUCCAGUGCCUUCAUAUGAAGGUAAGCAUGGUCAACAGGCAAAAGGUCUUUGAGCUGGCAUUGGUGCCUAAAAGGGAGUCUGGAACCCUGGCAAUGGAUGACGGUUCUAAGAUCAACAGCGCGCCGUUCUUCGACGUAAACGAAUACAUGCAGUCCAGUUCAUCGGUGGAUGAGAAUAAUCAGAGCAGGAAGAGAGGGCUGCGCAAAAUGGGUCUUAAAGAGAUACAGCGCGCCUGCGCUGCGAAAAAAUCGCCGCCUAGGAGAUCUAGUAAGGAACAAGGACGACAGCGGCAACGACAGCAACACCGGCAGCGGGAGAAAGGACGCCAGGUGGAGCGGGGGGAAUACGAGUUGUACAUAACGGACGAGGGCGAAGAAACCUAUGAUAACUACAAGGACCUGGCAGAUGAUCGCUACAGCGAGAAUUCCGGACGGCAGUCGCCUGUCACAGAAAUACUCGAUAUUGGCAUAGAGAGCGAGACAGAGGGAUCGGAAAUAUUCACCGCCUCGACUACCUCGCUUAAAGCAACUGUCGAGGAGGGAGACGGACUAGAGCACUAUGAAACGCAUUUUGUUGACGUUGGCUCACUAACCUAUGGUGGGAUCUUCGGGUUGGGCGAGAAAAUGGACCACCGCGUCAUUAUGGCGCGGACAAAGGUGCAGUGCAUCCUAAUACCCCGCUUCUGGCUUUUUGAGGCCGCCCAGAAUCCCGGUAACUUUUGGCAACGGCAGCGUUUUUAUAUCGAAUGCAAUAUUCCAACUAGGGAGAACUUGUACAAGGACUUUCUUAAGACACGAAAGUGGGAAAAAUUCAGACAUGACUAUAUCCAAAACAUUCUAAAUUCUGAUUCGUUGGCUAACUUUACAAAGGUCGAAGAUAUACCAAUAAUAAGUCGCAUUGUAGAGACAAAAGCUGACGAGUCUUGAUUUCAAUUUAUUUUCUCCUUUUUUUGUAUAUUACAAGUUUCCAUUAUUAUUAAAUCAUUAGUAGUAUACCUGUUUUUAAAAUUUUUUUGGAGAUGUGCAUAAAGCAUUUUUUGAUACUUUUUCCUUCAUAUCGCUUGUUUAAAAAAGCAUAAACUUGUAAAGGGUAGAUACUAUCUGAAAUGAGUAUUUGAGCAAUUAUAUAUAGUGCAUUAAUUUUAUUUUGGCCCCACUAAGUUUUUUU